AUAUCCUUCUCUCUCUCUCUCUCUCUCUCUCUCUCUACAACCAACUAUUUCAUCUCCCCCACAACCUUCCAAACAGACAGAAUUAAAUGGAAAAGUGAAAAGAUUUUCCAAGGUUUUUAUUCUUUCUUCUUGUCCUCUUUUUCUGACUAAUAUUCACAAUAAAACAGCACUCUCUCCCUUCACCCCAAUCAAAUGGGUUCUCUCUCUCCUCUUCUCUCUCAUCCCUUCGCCUCCAAUCCCACAAUUCCAAACCAUGCUCUUCUCCCAAUCUAAAAAGAACUUAACCCCACAAAUUCCAACACCACUCUGUUUUACUCUUCUUUCUCAAAUCCAUGGCUAGCUUCGAAACAACCAAAGGCAGUAGCAGUCUGAGGUUUUUGGGGCAUCAGGGUACUUCGGUAUGACUAUGAUUAAUCCUCCUCCUCCUCAUAGUAUCUCCGAACAAAAUCGUUGCGGCGGCGGCGGCUAUGUCGGCCUCAUGGGCCGAUUAGAAGAAGCUGGUGGGUAUGAGUGUUGUACUUUAGGAUCGGGUUUAUUCAUCGGGCCGAUGGCAGAAGACGAGUCCAGAACAGAAAGCGUGAACGAGGAAGGUUCUAGCUCUAAAGGCGUUGUUGUGGUUCAAGAUGAGGAGAUGAGAGACCAAGGGUGGCUCCAAUUGGGUAUUGGCGGGUCUAGUCAAGAUCGAGCUAAACCAACCCGGUUGGGAACCGGAUUGGUUGAGCUCGAUCUGUUACCCGGUGGUAGGGGUGGGCUGGAGCAAGUGAUGACAUCGUCGUCGGCUGCAGCGGCAGAUGUCGUGUAUCACGUGCAACCGAAUUUGAGGGAUUUGGUCCAUUCGAACGUCUCGAGCUCGUUCGUGUGGCAGUAUCCAGGCGGAAAUAGUGGCUCGGGUUUUCCACAUCAUCAGAAGAUUAAUACUAACUGGGGAUUUAGGCCUCAAAAUAUCAUGAUGCCGUUUCCUGCGACCGCUUCGACUUCAACUUUUUUAAUGCCGGGCGGGUCGUAUUUGAGCCGACCAUAUCCAGGCCACGGUGGCGGCGGAGUAGAUGUGGGCGGUGGUGUUGGGUCGAGUUCGGGUUUUUCGGUGAUUGAUCCCCCACGGAGACCUCAUUCUGGGUUAUGGUUUGUGCUUCAAGUUUCACAAAAUCAAUCAAAAGAACCUUUUCUGCCUCAGAUACCCAAGAGCUACCUCAGAAUCAAGGAUGGAAGGAUGACAGUUCGAUUGUUAAUGAAGUAUCUGGUUAAUAAGUUGAAACUGGAUAGCGAAUCCGAGAUAGAGAUAAGAUGUAGAGGGCAACAGCUUCUACCUUUCUUGACGUUGCAGCACGUGAGGGAUCACAUAUGGAGAAGUUCAACAGACGCAACGACAAUCACUUUACUUCCAGACUCCUCCACUUCAGAUCACGUCAUGAUCCUUCAUUAUGCCAGGAAUCCUUAAAUUAAUUAUUGUUUACAUAUUCAUCCCCCUCGCAUGUACCAUUUGUUAAAUUAUCCCAUCAUCUUCUUCUUUUUUCCUUUUUUACUUUCGUUAUUUUGCGCUCUUCUCUAGUUAUUUUGUAAUUUAUUUAUAUUAUUGUUUAUUUUGUUUUUCUGCUUUAUAUAUAAAUAUAAAUAUAUAUCUCUAAUUGUAGAGGUAUAUAUGUACCCCAAAAUAAUAUAUAAUUGGUUUUGGGGUUUCAUAACAUAGCCUAAGAUGUACUAACCAAACCAUAACGGUUUGGUAUUUAUAUCAUUCUGUUCAAGUUGACCUCUUUGUAACACAAAAGUUCACUAAUUUUUUUUUU